CUAGCCAACAAGCCGGUCAGCAACUGCCUCAUUGGAACGACUCCACUAACGAGCCGCAUCUUUCAUCCGCGUCGUUUCCUCGCGCCACCAUGAUUGUGCAGCAGGAUGACGAGGAAGCACCACUUAUGCAACAACCAGAACAGCCAACGGCCAGGACACCUCUUCCCUGGGAUCAAUUUUGGAUUCUACUGCUCUUGGAGAUGCCAGAUUUUCUUUCUUCUCGGACCCUUGCCCCGUUUAUUCCCCAACUCAUCAGAGACAUUGGAGUCACUCACGGAGAUGAAUCCCAGGUUGGACACUAUGCCGGCAUCCUUGAAUCCUCGUACUAUGCAGCUCAUACCCUGACCAUUUUUCAUUGGAGUCAACUGUCCGACCACAUCGGGCGGAAGCCCAUAAUACUGAUAGCUCUAUCAGCAAUUGCUAUUUCGAUGUUUUCAUUUGGGCUGUCGAAGACCUUCCUUGGUCUGGUGGUCAGUCGUAUUGUUUGCGGAGCAUUUGAUCCGAGCGAUACUGUGGUCAAGAGCAUACUGAUGGACAUCACUGACGCAACCAAUAUGCCCAAGGCAUAUAGUUAUAUACCAAUUUCGGUGAUGAUCGGAAACACAGUUGGACCACUCAUUGGGGGAUCGCUCUCCCGACCAGCAGACAGAUUCCCUGACAUCUUCGGGCGAUCAGAACUCAUGAAAACCUACCCAUAUCUCCUGCCAUGCUCUAUCUCAGCAUUGUCUAUAUCAAUAAUUUGGCUAGUCACGUAUAUCCGUCUUAAAGAGAGCGUCUCUACCACUGGCAAAACACCGCUCUGGGAGCUAAUCAAAAAAGGAUUCCGCGGCCAAUCAUACUCGAGGCUGAGCAGCGUUAUAGUUGAUUCUGGGGAAGGAAGUCCUGGAGAAGUUCAACUAAAGCCGCUUCCGCUGCGCGCUUUGCUAACCCCGAAAGUGUUGAGUGUGAUAGCGAGUUAUGCCACCAUGGACCUGUUUCAAAGGGGGUUCAAUUCGGUAUUACCUGUUUUCUAUGCAACACCAAUUGAACUUGGCGGUCUUUCCCUUGACCCUCCUCGCAUCGGUGUUUUACUUGCGGCAUCAGAUGUCAUACAUGGAAUAUUUCGGCUGCUUUUCUACACUCAAUUACAUGAUCGCUUCGGUGCAAGAGCUAUCUUUAUCACCGGUGUUAGCUCCGGCAUACCCAUCGUCAUUUUAUUUCCUGUGACCAGUGCUCUGGCUCGGGCGUAUGGAAUAGGUAUGGCGGUGUGGCUGUGUGUUGUCGUCCAGCUUGCGCUGAAGACUAGCCUGGUCCUAUGCUUCCCCUGCAUGGCAUUAUUCAUCAGAGCAGCUGCUCCCAAUCGCGCCUCGCUCGGAACAACCAAUGGAUUCGUUAUGGUGGUUGUCGCAGUAGCAAAGGUCAUCGGCCCGGCAUCUGCAGCUUCAGUAUUCUCUUAUUCAUUGCAGGAGGGGCAUGAUGCGUGGUCGAUAUACUACUUCUUUAUCGCAAUUGUAUUUUCUCGCUGUAGGUACUGCUCUAUUACUUCCCCAUGA